AAACGAGUUAUUAAUUAAUAAAUGUUACUUUUUCCUAAAAUAUUAUGGGAAAAGUGUUAAACAUAACGAGAGAAGAGUGAUUUGACUUUUUAUAACAAUUAUAAUACGACACAUUUCGGGAAGCAACGCGUAAAGCGAAAUGAAAUACCAGCUUUUCUUUGGGCAAAACUAAAAAAAGAAGCAAAAGAAAAAUAGCCAAGAGAAGGUAAUCAUACGCCUUAAAGUUGUACUUCAUCAGCAACAACUACAUAAGGAAGAGAUUAAAUAAGGCAAGCGAAAAGAAAACAAAAAAAUCGCAAUCUAAUUAAGAAAACGACGAUAAAUCAACAGAGUUGGGUUGAAAAGAAACUUGAAUCAAGGCCCGUUUUUACGUCGCAUCAACGAUUUUUUUGGGUUCCCUUAUACGUUUUAAUAAUUUAUAUACGGAUUUUUUGUGUUUAGCAAAAACGAAGCCGGCUUUAGUGAGCAAAACGCUAGUGUAAGCGUUAGCUGCCGCUUAGCUGUCAAUGUCAGGCAGCCAAACCCACGCCGGCUCCGGUGUCGGUAUUGCGAGUGGUGGAGGAACUCACGGUAGCGGUGGAGGUAUUGGCGUAGACGCUAAUAAUGGCGGAGGGGGAGGAAGUAGUCAAGCCGGCAGCAGCGCUGGCAGCUCAUCACAUACUCAGCCACCUCACCAAGAACAAUCACAGCAGCAACAACAGCAUGCACUGCCUCAAAUUGUGACUAUGGGAACUUCUAGCACUACUACCGCGGCAGUGGCUGGCUCUACUACAUCAGCGGAAGCCUUAAAUAUGGCGGCGGACUCAUCGCCACGAGAAUCCGGGGAUGAUUCUGAGGAUGAAAGUGAAAUAUUGGAAGAAUCUCCAUGUGGGAGAUGGCUAAAGCGACGUGAGGAAGUUGAUCAGCGCGAUGUGCCUGGUAUCGAUUGCGUCCAUCUGGCAAUGGACACCGAAGAGGGUGUAGAAGUUGUCUGGAAUGAGGUGAUUUACGCCAAUCUGCAAGAAUUAAAAUCGCAAGAGGAAAAGAUGCGUCAAGUGUUUGACAAUCUAUUGCAAUUGGACCAUCAGAAUAUUGUCAAAUUUCAUCGCUAUUGGACGGAUAUUCAACAGCCAGAGCGGCCACGACUCAUAUUCAUUACGGAAUUUAUGUCGUCCGGUUCCCUAAAACAGUUCCUUAAACGCACUAAGCGUAAUGCGAAACGACUGCCACUGGAGGCGUGGCGUCGCUGGUGCACUCAGAUUCUGUCCGCACUCAGCUAUUUGCAUUCCUGCACACCGCCCAUCCUCCACGGCAAUCUAACCUGUGAUAGCAUUUUCAUCCAGCACAAUGGCCUCGUUAAAAUUGGUACUGUUGUACCAGAUGCAGUGCACUACAGUGUGCGACAACAGCAGCACAAAGCUGUCGAACAAGGUGCUCUACAUUUUAUGGCCCCCGAGUAUAGUGCAGCUGAGCAAUUAACUGCGGCUGUGGACAUUUACGCUUUCGGUAUGUGUGCCCUAGAGAUGGCUGCUCUAGAAAUACAGAAUAGUUCGGGUGACACGACAUCAAGUAUCAAUGAAGAGACAAUACUUAGAACGAUUAAUAGCUUGGAACAUGAUUUACAGAGAGAUCUUAUUUUUAAGUGUCUGCGAAGAAACCCAUCUGAACGACCGACGGCAAGUGAUUUGCUAUUUCAUCCGCUAUUGUUUGAGGUGCACUCAUUGAAACUACUGGCUGCUCAUUGUCUGAUAUUUGCGCCAAAAAAUCGUACUAUGUUUUCCGAGACUGUAAUUGAUGGGAUGAUGCAACGAUUCAACAGACCCGAAGUUAUAAUGGCGUACAUAAUGUUUUCGGAUGGAGGAGUUUGUGGUCUUAAUGAAAGUGAAAGCCUUCCGGACAAUCAAGAGACCAACACACCCGAAGAAAAUGAACAAAGGCUGAAAGCU